GCACAAGAGUGACACGCCAUUCAAUUGCUGCCUGGCCCUUCGCUUGUAGGAAGCAGCAGCAGCAGUGAGCUUUCUCUCUCUCUCCUACAACAAGGAUAAUACUACUAACAUCUGAUAGAAAACGACCACAUCUGCGCUGCGUAAAGCUUAAAAGUUGGGGCCGAAAUCGUGUCGAUCAUGGGGAUCCGAAAAAAGACCACCAAGAAUCCGCCAGUGCUGAGCCAUGAGUUUGUCAUCCAGAACCAUGCAGAUAUUGUUUCCUGUGUUGCUAUGGUGUUCCUUCUCGGGCUGAUGUUUGAGGUGACCUCCAAAUUCGCAGUGUUAUUCAUAACCGUCCAGUACAAUGUCACCAUAUCAACAAAUGGCCCAGAGGAAACCCCCGUGAACCACUUCCACCACGGCAUCAAGGACUUGGCCACCACCUUCUUCUACAUGCUGGUGGCCAUCAUCAUGCACGCCAUCAUCCAGGAGUACGUGCUGGAUAAAAUCAACCGGAAGAAGCACUUCUCCAAAACGAAGCACAGCAAGUUCAAUGAGUCGGGCCAGCUCAGCGCCUUCUACUUAUUCUCCUUUGGCUGGGGUGCCAGCAUCCUGCUCUCUGAAAACCUCCUGUCCAAUCCAGUCACCCUAUGGGAGGGUUAUCCCCAUACAUUGAUGCCAUUCCAGAUGAAAUUCUACUUCAUUUGUCAGCUGGGCUACUGGUUACACGCUCUCCCAGAACUGUAUUUCCAAAAGACAAAGAAGGAGGAUAUUCCACGCCAACUUGUGUACAUCUUCCUGUACCUGGUCCACAUCGCGGGCGCCUACAUUCUGAAUCUGAACCGUCUGGCUCUGGUCCUGCUAGUGUUGCACUACUUUGUCGAGCUUCUGUUCCACGUUUCCCGCCUGAUCUACUUCAGCAACGAGAACAGACAGACAGGUUUCACCAUAUGGGCCGUCUUGUUUGUCCUUGGACGGCUGCUCACUCUGUCCCUGUCCGUCCUCACCGUGGGCUUUGGCCUCGCCACAUCUGAGAAUCAAGGCUUUGAUUUGGCUGCUGGAAACUUUAAUGUCAUUUUUGUUCGGAUAACUGUCCUGGCUGCCAUCUGCCUCACUCAGGCCUUCAUGAUGUGGAAAUUUAUCAACUUCCAGCUGCGCCGGUGGAGAGAGCAUGGCCAAGCUCAGACCUUGAAAAAGAAACAAGUUCUUACCAAGAGCAAAUCAAAGAAAGACAAAGCCAAUGGAGUAAACGGAGUGAGCUCUCACGCAGCCGAUUCACCAAGAGCAAGAAAAGAGAAGUCAUCAUAAAUACAUUCUCCUCCAUCACCCCCUCUUCAAAGAACCAUCUUUCCCGCCCUCCCGUGCUUCCGUGGCUGUAUCCAACCAACAGUCCCUCCAGCUCCUCAACCACGAUAUGCAUCUUCAGCUCCCACACAGGACUGACCUCCCAGCUGGACUCCAAGGACCAGAAUGCAUUUAGCUUUUGCUUGUCGCCACUCAUCCAGCACGCCUUGAUUUUAGGAAUCAUUGCUCUGCUGUGCCAUUUCGAAUGAAAAUAAAUUCCCAAAUAAACUAUGAGAAAAAAGACCUUAUUUAAGAAGUGCCUAAUGAUACGGAGUGUUUUGUACAGGGUGUGUAAUUUUAAAAUUUCAGGAAUGAUGACUUCAGUGUUUAAUGUUUCUCCCAAGUCAGGUCAUGUCAUGCUUUUUCCUAAACGGUGUGUAUUCCAGCUUGUGAUUUAUUUCCCCCUUUUUUUUCUUGUAUUUAUAAGUGCUAGCAGCUUCACUUCUUUGCCACAAAGAGGGAUAUUUGUAAACAUUGUAUGGAGUUUAUGAAUUCCUUUAUAAUAUCUCUUAUGUUUCCAUCAGUGACGGUUGCAUACAGUCUUGUUAUAAAUCGUUAUAGACUGUUCAAACACACAGCAAGAUGUUAUCACAAUGUUUUCACCAUGUCACUGGCCAACAACUAAAGAUGGAAAGCGACAUAGAAAGUUUUUAAUAUCCACUCAUGGAUAGAAUAGGGAAGAGUAUAUAAAAGCAGCCCAGGAAAACAGCAGCUGUCACCCUGUAAUACUGUAAAGUAGAUUCACAGUUCAGUAUUGUACAAAACUGCCAGCAAAGACGUAGUAACCUGAUGUAGCAUUUAAUUAUCAGGGUUCAGCGUAGCUUUGUAAUCACAACAGGACAUUUUCCUCGCCAUGAGAAUUUAUUGCCGUUCUGCCUAUAACACUGUCAAUAAAUGAUCACACUUUUUCUUUUAGUUUUGACGUGAUAUGAGAUGACUUUAUAAGAGAUGAAAUGGCAAAACAUCCCUUUAGUGAGUUUGAUUGAAUCACUGUCUUGUAUGGUCCCAAAUCAUUUGCUGUUUAAGUGGAAUGGGUUUACUGUAUUUGUUUUGGCCUUGCAUAUUAUUGCUUCAAAUAUCCACGAGAAUGAUUUGUUGUUAAAGCACGGACUGGGAAUGAGAAAACCAUAUUUUGUUUGGCUGUUUUUCCCCCCAACCCACUGUAGACAUGUGCCAAAUGAGCCUGACUGGUUGCAGUCAACUGUAUUUUAAGAAUCACCUAAAUAACACUGGCUUAUUCUAAAGAAUAAACCCAUUAACUAAUUUUAGGUACACGGUAGUGAGCCACGGUUGCCUCCGGCAGUAUAUCAGCAGUGUAUGUGGUUUUCUCAACUUGUCCUGAUUGUUUAUCUAUCUUACAAAGGAUUAAAAUGUUUUAUUGAAAAAAAAAAAAAAAAAGAA